AUUUGAGUUAGGUGUGUUGAAGCAGGAUACAUACAAAUCAGCAGGACAGCGGCCCUGGAGGACUGACUUUGAGCACCCCGUAUUGGGUUACAAGCUUGAACUUUUUGCAGAAAUCAAAAGUCUUUGUCAAUUUUUGUUUGAGUUUUUCAGAUGAGUUAAGGUUUUAAGAUAUAAAGAGUGUUCUGUUUGUUUAAAUGCUGAAUAACAAACUGUCAUCAGAUGUCCUGAUUGCCAGCGGAUUUCAGGGACGGACACUAGGACCCGGGUGCUUCAUGCUCCAUGCAGCAGCAGUCUGCCGCUACGAGAGGACCAGAAAUCUGCGGCUCACAGAAUGAAGAGAUCAAAAUUAUGCUGGCUGUAAAAAGAGAUUAAACUCUGGGCGCCACCUCACUGGGAUUGACUGCCGGUAGAUAUUACAGAUUCGCCAGUGGGAGUUGGGAAAGGGAGACAUGCCGUCGCUGAGCAUCCGUUGCGACGCUUGACUGACCAUGAUGAAGACCGAAUCUACAUCCAAGAGCACCGGCUCUGGCUCCACGCUCAGGAGCCCAUCUCCGCACAGAAAUGCUUACGAGGCGGGGAUGCAGGCCCUGAAGCCAGUCAAAGACAAUGCUGCGAACGGAGACAUGCAGGAGGGUCCCAGAGGGCGCAGGUACGGCUCCAACGUGCACCGUAUUAAAAACAUGUUCCAGCAGAUGCAGACUACAUCCCCAGCCGAUGCAGAGGGAGAAGACGGCGACAGGAACUUGGACAAGUCCGUGCGCCUUUCCCUCCCCAGAGCAGGAAGCCUGAACGAAAACGUGGACCACAGCGCGCUGCUGAAGCUCGGAUCCACUGUGUCCGAGCGCGUCAGCAAGUUCGACACCAAACCGGAGAAUGGGCACCAGCGGGCCUCAUCACCCAGCUAUUCCAAACUGCAGGAGACCCGCCGUAUCUUCGAACAGCAGCAGGAAAGGCAGCAGCAGGAGAAGCUGGCCACCACCAGGGUCCUGCUGAAGACAGACAAGACAUCAAGCUUCCAGGAUGGCAGGCUGGAUGUGGUGGCCCGCUUUAAUGGCAGCACAGAGUCCCUAGACAGCCUGGACACCAGUGAAGCUGUUUCUCCUACAGUCAGCCAGCUCAGUGCUGUGUUUGAAAGGGCAGCCGAGCUCCGGAACAAUCUCCACCGCCUCUCCUCUACACCACCACUCCCAUCUUCUCGGGGGGUCAGCACCAAGGUGGGAGUGUUGAACUCAAAGAUAAUCACUAAGAGGGUUAGUGCCUUUGCAUCAGGCAACCAAGAGGAAGAGAUAAACAAUCAGAAGGGUCAAGAGACACCUCCAAAGGGCCCCAGAGGAAGGACAACCCUUGCAUCUGAAAGCAUUAAUAGGGGUCAGAUUGUUAGCCAGUGUGCCCCAACUUCUGAACUUUCAGGUAAUGCAGGAGAGCUGAAUUAUCAGAAAGAAAAGACUGUUUCAAAUGCUGGUGUUGAGGCCAAAGCUGAGAUCAGACCUGAGGAGCAUUCUGGGACCAAGGAACCUGGCAGCACAACACUUCAAGGUGACAUUCACAUGUCUGUGGAGAAUGGAGAAACUUCCACUGAGAAGCAGAGCUCCCCUAAGAGUGGUGACAUCCACAGGCAGGAGGGGGGUAAAGAUGCUGAGGAGGAGGAAGACAGAACUCUCAAAGACAACCAGUCAGGCCGUGACUCUGUGGAUAUCAGUACUUACAGUGCGGUGGGGGAGGACUUUGAAGGAAGCCAGAAGGAUGAGGAGGAAGAAGAGGACGAUGACCAUUACGAGCCUGAGUCCAGCUGUGUGGAGAUUUCUGGGCUACCUACGGAAGAGGAUCCGCCUCCUUCGAGGAAGAUUCGCUUCAGCACGGAGCCUAUCAAGGUGUUUGCCACAUAUCCAAAUGAAGACUACGACAGACGUAAUGAAGACGUGGAUCCCAUGGCAGCAUCAGCUGAAUAUGAGCUGGAGAAGAGGGUGGAGAGGCUGGACCUGUUCCCUGUGGAGCUGGAGAAAGAUGGUGAUGGUCUGGGCAUCAGCAUCAUCGGGAUGGGUGCAGGAGCUGACAUGGGCUUGGAGAAACUGGGCAUCUUUGUUAAAACGGUCACAGAAGGAGGAGCGGCACACAGGGAUGGCAGGAUCCAGGUGAACGAUCUGAUUGUGGAGGUGGAUGGGACCAGUUUGGUGGGAGUCACCCAAAGCUUUGCUGCCUCUGUACUCAGGAACACCUCAGGAACUGUCAAGUUUGUGAUCGGGCGGGAGAAGCCAGGCGAGCAGAGCGAAGUGGCCCAGCUUAUCCAGCAGACGCUGGAGCAGGAGCGCUGGCAGAGGGAGAUGAUGGAGCAGCGCUACAACCAAUACAUGGAUGAACAAGAGGGUGGUGAAUAUGGUACAGAUGAGGAAGAGGAUGAGGAUGAAGAAGCCAGUCCCCCCUAUCCCAGCGCGAUUGAGGUGUUUGACUUGGCUGAGAACGAGGACAUGUCGCCUCUGGAGACAGACCCUGAAAAACUGGCCCAUAAAUACAAAGAGCUCCAAAUAAAACACGCUGUGACCCAGGCUGAGAUCCAGCAGCUGAAAAGAAAGCUGCACCAUGCGGAGCAAGAGAAGCAGCGCUGGCGUAUGGAUAAAGCCCAACUGGAGCAGACCUUGCAGGAGAACAAGGAGCGAAUGGAGAAGCUGGAAGGCUACUGGAUGGAGGCGCAAAGCCUGUGCCAGGCUGUGGAUGAGCACCUGAAGGAGACGCAGGCCCAGUAUCAGGCUCUGGAGCGCAAAUACAGCAAAGCCAAGCGCCUGAUCAAAGAGUAUCAGCAGAAAGAGAUCGAGUACUUGAAGAAGGAAACUCAACGUUGUGCACAAGUUGGAGCAGAAGCCUCUCUUCUGAAAGAAGAGUCAGGACAACUUCAAGAACAGGUGGCAGACCUGGAGUGCAGGGUGGAGGAGCUGAAAUCUGAACCUUUAUAAAAGCCUUUCUCCAUCCCAUAUAAACAUUCACCUAAAGAAGUGUUAAUGUUCUUGCAUUGAACUGCAGGGUAUCUCGUCUCCAUCUCCGAGCUUGGUCACCAACUCCGUUUCUCCUCAGGCCUUGUGUUCCUGCCACUUCACCUCUUUUUUAACCGUGUUUUUCUGUUAACAUUUUUGGGAAUGUGGAGACAUUUUAUCAUCACAAACACAGACUGUGUUGUGCUCUAGAUGUCUAAUUUCGUUUUAAUUAUCACAGUUCAGUAUUUUCUCCUUUUUAUUUGUCAUUUUGUCGCAGACCAAGCUGUUGCUUCUAAUUGCCAAAAAAACAAAAUUCCUUUUUAUUUUGUCUCGUUUUGUGAUUUUAUUUUUUUCUGUUUUUGUACAUAUGAUAUUGUGUGGUUUAACAAUCAAUUUGGUUUGUAAAAAAUUUUAAUGUGUAUAACAUUUAUCAUAAUAUAAACUAAUAAGAUUGAGGGUUGUUGUAUAUUUUACGUGAGGAGGAUGUGUGGACAGAGAUUGCACUGCAGAGGGCAUUGACAUGGUGCUUCACCGAGAUGGAGUAAAGGGGAACAAGUGUGGUGUGGAUUCAAAAUUGUACAAACAGUAACCCAACCUUGUCGGGUUCUUGUCACAAAACCUUGGGAACCACUUGCUGCCUACCUUUCAGAAGUGUUUGUGGUUUAUUUUUUUUUAAGACUCA